AUGUCUCUGUCAAAAUAUACAUCCACAACAGAAACAACAAACCUAGCACGAGUGGCUAGACUUCUCUUGGGUCCUUGUACCGAUGUGUUGAGGGACAUUCUCGAACAUGCAGCGGGAUGGGGAAAUCAGCCAAACCCCGGAGAUAGAAGUGUGUCUGCUUACAUUGAAAGGAUUCGACUAAUUAGGAACAAAUACUAUGGACACACGUCAGAUUUUUCUUUAAAGGAGUCGGAUUUUAGACAAGAAUGGAGGAAUAUUCGUUACAUAAUUGUAGAGUUAGAGGGUUACCUUGGAACAAACACGUCUCUUCAGGACUCUGUUGACGAAAUCAAAACAUGCUCAAUGGAUCCAGAGUUGGAGAAAAAAUACAUCGAUAAACUUUUAGUGAUUGACGAAUUACAAAAGACGGUUGAAAACCUUUCAGCACAACACGAGACAGAAUAUAUCAAAAAAUGGAAAGAAGAAGAUUCGGUUUUUGUUGAAACUCAUGGGUUCCCUGAAAUGCUACAGAGGGUGAGAGAACAACCAUAUGUGACUUUUGUUGGUGUCCCGGGAUCCGGCAAAUCCGCCACAGUUCAGCAUAUAGCUCUUCUUCUCCAGAAGGAAGAAUACGAAGUGGUACCUAUGUUGGACUUUAGAGACCUCACACAGUAUUGUGAUCCUCAGAAUCCACAGGUUUUUGUUAUCAAUGAUGUCGUAGGUGUAUUGGGUGUUAACAAAGCAAAGUUAGAAUCGUUUUUAGACAAUGGAGGGGACAUACACAAAACGUAUAACAACAUGCUUUCUGAAGACAUUCUAAAAGAUGAGAAAAAUAAAUGUUUUCGGGAAAUGAAGCACAGGGUGUUAGAAAGCUGUGAAGUUACAAGUUCAACAGAUACAUUUAAGUUUGUGAAAGCUUUGUCAGCAAUGGAGGGGACAUACACAAAACGUCGUGGUAGAGAGUUCACUUUUGUUCAUGACUCCAUGUUUGAAAUAACAGCAUAUCACUUUGGUAGACAGUUUCCAGAGUUGAUUAUAGAAUAUAUGAAAAGUAGUUAUAUUGCAAACUAUGUAAAACUUCAGACAUGUGAAACACAAAAACAGAAAAACAUGGAAACAAAAGUGGAGGCAACUGAUAUAAGCAGUGAAGAAAAGACUGAAAACAGGGAGGGUACAGAUCUGUGUAUAAGGGUGUCUAUUAACCUGUAUCCAAUGUUAGCUAAGAGACUGUACAAAGAUAUAGAAAAUUAUGAACUGUAUGACGUGUUUAUGAAUAAUGCUUUAAAGGACAACCAGUUGUGUAAAGCAUUUAUUAAUGUACUAGAGAAACAUACAUAUGUAGAAUUAAAAAAACUCUUUCUAAGUAAACUGGAGAAAAUGUCUAAAAUACUCAAAAGGGAAGAAGAUGGAAAUGAUAAGAAAAAGAACAACGAGUUUAAAGAUUGUAUAGAGGAUCUACUGCUAGACAGACGACACAUGUUUUUGAUGCCAUUAGUAUGCUAUGUGAGAGUGAUCAGUUGGGUUAUUUACUAUGGACAUCACCAAAUCCUUAGGUACAUCAUACAUCAAACUGAACUACACAACGAAACAUCGUCUGCACUAUUUGGAAAUUUGAAUUCUGAUCUUAUAAAUCUUGGUCAAACAUCGAAACAGGGAACCAAUGCUAGUGAUAUAAAUAAAGUGAUAGAUGAUUUUGAUGAAAUACUUGUUUCAGACUCUCUAAAAGUUAGCUUUGCAUCCUUGUAUGAAAAGGAAAACAUUCAAAACUCUGCGGUAGAACAAACCCGCUUACUUGUUCUCAGUUGUUAUGGGGGCGAUGUGGAGACUGUUAGGAUCUUACUGAAACAUGUCGAUUUAAACUACUCAAUCAACAGAACGCCACAUGUCUACUCUCAUUGGGCAGUGCGUUCUAGGGGAAUUUUAUUUAGAAAAAAUACCCCUCUAGUAGCAGCGUGUUUAUUUGGUCAUGUUUCUGUUGUAAAUGAGUUGAUAGGUGUAGGAGCUGAUGUUAACAAACUGGGUCAUAGUCAUACACCACUGACAGCAGCAUGCAGUGCUGGACAUUUGAGUGUUGUGAGAGAACUUUGCAAAAUGGAUGCAAAUGUCAAUUUAGAGUGUAAUUUCGAUACACCACUAGUAAAAGCAUGCAAAGGUGGAUAUUCAGGUAUUGUAAAGGAGCUGAUUACUUGUGGAGCUUCAACAAAUUUAGAGUCUGCAAGUAAUUUACCACUUAUAGCUGCAUGUGAAAAUGGACAUCUAAAUGUAGUACAAAUAUUGCUGCAAUCAGGGGCCAUUGUCAAUCAAAAAAAGGAUUUCAAUAACCCUCUGAUAUCUGCAUGUAGUUGUGGUGAAUUGGUUAUAGUGAGGGAACUUUUAAAAGCUGGGGCCAACAUUAAUUUACAAUGUGGAAGUAUAUGUACAAUGGAUGCAUUGACAGCUGCAUGUAAAGGAGGACACAUUUCUGUGGUGACAGAACUACUGAAGAAAGGAGCAAAAGUUAAUCCUCAGGGUCUGUAUGAUUCACCAUUAAAUGCUGCAUGUCGUGAAAAUCAUUCCGAUGUAGUCAUUGAACUGCUACGAGUUGGGGCCGAUGUCAAUUCAUUGCGUUUGACCGGUACAGCACUGAUAAAUGCAUGUUCAAGAAUUCAUCCAAAUUUGUCGUUAAUAAAAGAACUUCUUGAAGCAAAAGCUGAUGUCAACCAGCAAGAUGAUGAUGGGAAUACACCAUUAUUAAGUUCUGUUAGACGAAAAAAGGAUAAAAGUUUAAUAAAAUAUCUAAUUGAGGCUGGUGCUGAUAUCAAUCAACACAAUAAAGAAUGGUAUACACCACUGACUGCUGCUUGUUUAGAUGGAGAUUUAAACCUUGUGAGAGAUCUUCUUGAAAUGGGGGCUUCGGUUAAUCCACAGCAAAUAUGGAUUGAUCGUUUAAAAUAUAUACAGAUGGUUCGAUUAAUCGCAUCUUCUUUCGGCAUUUACAUCAAUCCAGAGACAAUUUCGGGGUUCCUAGCGAAUGGACCGGGUUAUCAUCAUACAACACCACUGACAGCUGCAUGUCUAAAUGGCAAUCUGAUCAUGGUGAGAGAACUGCUUCAAAAAGGGGCUGAUGUUAAUCCAAAGUAUGUAUGGAAAACACCAUUAAUUACUGCUUGUAAAUGUAGACGAUUGGAUGUUUUGAAGGAAUUGCUGAAAUUUGGAGCCAAAGUCAAUUUCAAUCCUUGGCAUCCAAGGAAACCAAAUAAAUACAAAACACCGUUGACAGUUGCCUGUAAGAGAGGAAAAUUAGAAAUGGUUAAAGAGCUUUUGAAUGCAAAAGCAGUUGUUAAUCCACAGGGUGCAUAUAAUACACCAUUGGUAGCUGCGUGCACAAAUGGAUUCGGAGAUGUGGUGAAAGAAUUACUUAAAAAGGGGGCUGAUGUCAAACUACAGAGUAGAUAUAGCACUCCACUGACAGCUGCAUGUAAAGGGGGACAUUUGAAUGUAGUGAAGGAGUUGAUAGAGGCUGGAGCAGACGUCAAUUUACACCAUGAUGCUGAUGAAGAUAAUAUGCCACUGAUAAUAUCAUGUAAGUAUGGAAGCAUAAAUAUUGUAAAGGAACUGAUUGAAGCGGGGGCUGAUGUUAAUUUACAGGGUAAAUAUAGCACUCCUCUGACUGCCGCAUGCCAUUUGGAAAAUGUUGAUGUUGUAAAAGAACUAUUAAAUGCUGGAGCUCAAAUCAAUCGAAGCACAUUAUGGAAUACGCCUUUGAUAGCAGCAUGUACAGGGCAUAAUGCAAACACAGUGAAGGUGGUGCUUGAAGCUGGUGCUAACGUCAAUUUACAAAAUCAAGAAGGGGAGACGGCGCUGUAUAAGACAGUCGAUAGCGAGAAUCCAUCCAUCAUU